UCUUGUAUCCAUAGCACGAAAAUAUGGAAUAUUUUGAUUGGUCUCCAAUUGGCGCCAAAAUGUGACAUAGGCAAAUUAUAUUGUUAGAUGUCAGAAAGUUUCAACGUGCGGUAGAUUUAGGAAAUUAAUUGUUUUGUUAGUGUAUUUUACGAUCAUAAAAAAUAAAAGUGCAUUAUAAAUAUUGUAAUGGCAAGAACAAAAGCUUCUGUAGGUGCAAAAGUAUCAUCAGGGAAAAGCAGUAAAGCAAGAUGUUGUGCUGCUCCUCCACCAAACAGUACUGGAGCCUCAGGUGGUAGUGACCGUUCCUCUAGAAGUCAUUCAGGUGGUAACCCUGUAUGUCCCAGAGAGACGCCAAUAUGGCAGAGACCAAUUACUAACUUCAUCGUCACCAACAAAGCUGAAAGUGACGAGAAAGAACACGACACACCAAAAUCCGAGGAGGAAGAAAUAGUUAAAACUAAAUCGAAACGUAAUAAAAUCUUAUCAGAUGAUGAAGAGGAAAUUCCUAAAAAUAGAGAAUUAGAGGAAUCACUAGUUUUAGAACCACUGACAGGUGAAAAUAGUCACAAAAUAGACGAAUACUAUCAAACGAAUAACAAAGGGAAGGGUAAAGGAAAGAAGAGUAAAGAAAAUAAUAAUACAGAUGAUAUUAAAAGAAGUUUGAAAAGGGAUUUGGAAGAUAUUACUUUCGGUGAAGAAACUGAACAUAGUAAUAAAAAGGCGAAAAUUGAAUAAUUUAGAAUAAUAAUUUCAUAUG